AUGACACCUAAUGACUCUAUUUCAACCAGUUCCAGUCAUACACAAUAUGUGAACACUGUCAGAAAGAACCGCCCACUUCCUAAAAUUCCCAAUAAAGGCACCCCAAAAGAAUUGAACAACAAUAUGACCGAAUCGUCGAACGAUUCUUCUAAAAGCCAAAAUAAGCUCACCGCCCAGCAAUUAUUUGAAAUGUUGAGCCACAAUCACGAGGUUGAGGAAGAUCAAUUCUAUGCUUCCGAAUAUGAAGAAGAAUCACCCAAUUACAUGUUGGAGCCCGUAGACAAUAGAGCUUCUGGCCAUUUUUCCUUUGAUGCCUCGAUGAAUACUCCCAGUCUUACAAGUGGGCGUACCUCACCUUGUUCAAAUAAUUCUCAUCACUCAAUAGACUCUGGUAACCAAAAAGAAAACCGACCUAACACCGAGUACGCACAUUAUUAUCAACAAGGUUACAAGCAUUGCCUUACUCCAACGAUUCAAUCACAAGAUAUUUCUUUGGUAUCUGACGUGAAAAGAUUAGCAGAGCUCAACCAAGCACUCAUGACCCCAAUUAUUGCAAACAAAGAUAUUAAAUUUUUUCAAUCAACGAUAGACCAGCAGGAAGUUGAAAACUCUACAACCCCCGAUGAUUACAGUAAUAUCAAUACUAGCUCGCCACUUGCCAUGACAUCCUUCAGUUUAACCCAUGACAAAGAAUCAAUCAAAACCUACCGUCGUAUGGCCACUAAAACAAAUGAUAAAAAUAUCCAGUUUACAUAUGCAAAGUAUCUUUUGCAAUUAGUGUCUUUCUAUGGCGUUGAAAGUGAAAAGAAUACCACGCGUGAUAGACUUCAAGAAGAGGCCGAAUACUGGAUUGAAAAACUAGCAAAAUCUAACCACACGGAAGCUCUCUAUAUCAAGGGACAAUGGCAUGGUCACUGUGGCGAUAAAAAAGCGAUUGGCGUGUUUGUCGGCUCCCAAUAUAAAAAAGUAAACCAAGCUAAAGCUUUCAAAUGCUUUCAACAAGCAGCAAAGUUUGGCUCGACUGAAGCGCAUUACGAAUUAGCAGAAUAUUGGAAAUACCGUAAAGAUUAUAAAAAGGCGCUUUCGAACUACAGAUAUGCUGCUUCUAAAAACCAUAUCCUAUCCCUUUAUAAACUUGCAAAUAUUAUGCUUCGCGGUUUAUUAAAUCAAGAAAAGGAUGUUCGCCAAGGUUUAAUCUUUUUGAAGAAGGCUGCGGAUACAGAUAAGCCUGAAAGUGCUCGAUCAGCUUAUGAUUUGGCUUGUCUUUACUCUAACGAUUUAGAAAGUAUCGGCUUGGAUAGAAACACCCUUAUAGCACCUAGUGUUUCAAGCCAAACCUAUAAUCUUGCUGUUCAUUAUUACAGAAAAGCAGAUAAACUUGGCCUGGUGCUCGCUACGUUUCGUCUGGGUUACAUUUACGAACAUGGCCAUCUCAAUACAGAAGCAAAUGUUUCCGAAGCAUUUACCUAUUACUUGAAAGCAGCGGAGAAGAAGCACGAAGGUGCCAUGCUUGAAAUUUCGAGACUUUAUAAAGAAGGCAUCCCUGGGUUUUUAAAUCCAAAUCCAAUCAUUGCACAUGAAUGGUGUGUUCGGGCAACAGAAAGCGGCAACGAGAUAGCAGAAUUUAUGCUUGGCAUUUAUUUUGAAUUUGGUGUUGGUGUUAAUCCUGAUCAAAAACAAGCAUUUGUGUGGUACAGCAAAGCAGCGUCAAAAGGAUAUGGUCCUGCUGAAAACAAAUUGAACGUACCUCAAAGCAAAAGAAAAAGUUUGGCUUUAAACCAAGACGUUGAAAGUAAGCUGGACCACAGACAGAAUGGCAGCAAAGGAAAAAAAUAUUACGAGGAUAGUGUUCGCAUAGCCGAGAAGUCCAGAAGAGCUCAUGCCGAACAGGAAAACUGCCAAAUUAUGUAGCAUGUUUUACAUACCAUACUUCUUAAUAUCCUAAUUCGUUUAUUUUAACUACUAUAUUCCUAUCCUUAUUUUAACUUUAUUCCUAAUUAUUACAACAUAAAUAUAUUUUAUAC